AAAUCACAACUCUCAUCGCAGCCUCUCACUCAGCUGAAAUUUACAGCCUCUACAUACCCUCAACGUCUCAAAAUCUUAUACAAUGUCGAACAAUCAAUCCGAGGGACGUCGCGAAGAUGCCCUCGCGAAACAGCGAGACCAAAUGCGUCAAGAGUUCGAGAGGCAGAAACAGACCUUGAUCCAGGAAACCGAGAAAGCUCGGCCUUCUAGCAAUCGUUUCGUUGGACAACAUGAUUCCAUGGAAGAUACCUUGAAAAAGAGUACAGUGGGUCUGGUGCACCUCGAGGAAUUCCAACAGAGGCGGAAGGAACUCGAGGAGGCCAAGGCUCGUGAAGCGGCCAGGACCAAUGAACUGAAGGAUGAACAAAGGAAAGUGAAGAAACGCAAGAAACUAGCCAAAUCGACUUUGUCAUUUGCACUAGAUGACGAAGGGGAGGAUGAUGGUAGCAGUACGCCAUCAUCACAGAAGGAUGCUAGCGAUGAGCAACCCUCCAAGAAAGCCAAGACUCGCAAGAAUCCCAAUGUCGAUACGUCUUUCCUUCCCGAUCGAGAACGCGAGGAAAUGGAGAGGCGUGAGCGGGAACAGUUGAGACAAGAGUGGUUACGGAAGCAGGAGGAGAUGAAGAAAGAAGAUAUUGAGAUCACCUACUCGUUUUGGGAUGGUAGUGGCCAUAGGAAGAGCGUCGUGUGCAAGAAGGGUGAUGAAGUUGCUACAUUCCUGGAGAAAUGCCGUCAGCAAUUCCCUGAACUAAGAGGUGUCGGUGUCGACAAUCUGAUGUAUGUGAAGGAGGACCUCAUUAUUCCACAUCACUACACGUUCUACGAUUUUAUCAUGAACAAGGCGCGUGGCAAGUCGGGCCCGCUAUUCAACUUCGAUGUUCAUGACGACGUGCGUCUGUUAGCUGAUGCGACUGUAGAGAAGGAUGAGUCGCAUGCUGGAAAGGUCGUCGAGCGAAGCUGGUACAACCGCAACAAGCAUAUAUUCCCGGCAUCCAGAUGGGAGGUCUACGACCCGGAAAAGGAGUAUGGCAAUUACACCAUCCAUUGAUCCAAAGGCUCUACGGACAGUGCUUUGCUCUGGCAUGUACAUUAUUGCUUAUGCACGGUUCUUACCUUAUGACAUGAUAUCCUAUUGUCUCGAUUGACUUCGCCGAUGGUUACUUACCGUACUGCAUCAACUGAGCGAUUCAAAUAAGUACUCGCGUACUAAACAGGACCGCUAAAUUUGCUCAUGGCAGGCAAUCCCGUUAACCACUCUGGCAAAAUCUAAUGCAGGAUAUACACUCAUGUGCAAGCUCACAAACAAAUGUAAUGGAGCUAGCUCGUAUGAUAAUGUGUACAGUACAUUUAAGUUUCCACUACAUUGUAUUACAUUGUCUUCAAGCUUGUCCUUUGGUCGUUACUUCCUGCGUGAUAAAGUCUCUCAUGUACUGAGCAAGUUUCUCAGUGUCUUCAUCUGUGAUCGCGUUGUACAAUGAAACGCGGACGC